GGCCUAGGCGGGCUGCAUGGGGAGGCGGCGGUGCCGCGCGACCGGGGCCCUGCCCCAGGCCAUCGCCACACUGAGUCGGUCGCUGCCCGCCGGGCCCAGCCCCGAAAUCUUCCGCCGCGCUAAGUUCGACCGUCCGGAGGCGGCCCCGGUGCUCUGGCAGCUCCUCUUCCGCGUGCUCUCGCCGCCUGCUGCAGACAGCACUUGGUUCCCUCUGGCCCCAGAGGCUCAAGCCCGAGUGGUGAAGUCAGCACUCCAUUCCCUGGGCUACCCCAGGCCUGUGCUUGCCCAAUUUCCUGAGGGCAGCCGGGAACUGCUGUUGGCCCUGUCCUGGCUCCUGGCCCGAGGACCUCUUCUUGAGAAGCUGCUGGAUAAGACCCGUUUGCAGUUGGGUGAUCAACUGCCCCAGUUUGAGCAUGAGGCCCUGGGCAGCCUUGGCCCUCCUGUACUCCAUGUGGAAACAGAGGGCCCUAUGGACCUCCGGAGAGUGCAGUGGCUGAUGGGAAAGCUGAGGUUCCGGUGGCGGCACCCGAUCUUCAGUCAGCAGGAGCAGUGUACCCUCCUCGGCAAGAUCCAUCUGUAUACCAGUGGAUGCCACAGCCACCAGAACCUUGGCCAUCUAUCUGUCACUGAAACAGAGAUGCUCAGGGACCCAGAGAGCAGUCAGCAGCUUCUGCAGGCACUGGAGUGUGAGAACACGCGCCUGGAGGCAGCUCUGGAGUGGCGGUGCUGUGAGCUGGUCUUCUGGCAGUGGAUGGACACAGUUCUAGAUGCCUGUCCUGUCGAAGGUCCUUCUGUGGCCUCACAGCCCACAGUCUUGCCCAUGAUCUCUGAGCAUGGGCUUGGUGAGUUGGAGCUGAUAGAGCAGGAGCUGCAGGCCCUGCAGGAGGAGCUUCAGGAGGUGGCUGAGUCCAGGCGGGCUGCAUGGGAGGCUCAGGUUAGAGGCCUAGGUCGGGGGCCUGAGUGGGGUACCACAAGGAAAGCCUUGCAGGAGUCUGUGGAACGGGAGCUGGCGGCCCUGCAGGGGUCCUGGGAACAAUCCAGUCGCUCAGACCAACUUCACAGGCCCCACCGACUGGUGAGAAGUAAGGAGGGGGCACCGGGUCCUCAAGGCCUACGGGCAGCUGAGGUGAUCAGGAUGCUGAGUGCCCAGGAGGCCUGUCUGAAGAGGAUGCUGCACCAACUACAGAGUCAGUGUCAGCAGGAGCUGGCCAGGUUGUCUGGUACCCUACCUGACCUGAUUUGGAUCCUGGCCCCCAGACACUGAAAGCCUUAGGGUCCUCCCUGACUUUCAUGGACAUAGCCCCAAGAGUCACAGAAGCCUUGCAUCUGCCCCUGGGCUGUUGUACCUCCUGGCCUGCAGCCUCUCCUCCUGACAGCUGACCCUCCCCUUCUUCAUGUGGGUUCCAGCUCUGGUCCAGGGACCAGACUCCUGAAGACCCUCUGGGGCCAUCUCUCCAGCUGACUUCAGCUCCUCGUGACUGUGACUGAGACUAUGAGCAAGUCUACUUAAUCUCCUUGCCUCUGAAAACUGCGCUGACAUGGGACUUCUGGUAGCCCUCUGGAAA